AUGUCUCAGGGAAAAAUAUCAGGAGAUCCCUCAGAACAUUCUCACGAAUCAUCAGAGACUAACUUGGUUAACAUGUCUCAUGCACAGAUUGUUAAUAGUUUGCCAGGAAAAACGUGGAUAGAGAAAUUAAGAAUAGCAUACGAAGAUGUUACAGGAAGUAUUGAAAAUGAUAUAUCUCUGGACAAAUGGAAUAAGUCAAAUCUGAAGUAUUUAAUCGAAGACUCAAUACUUUCCGAUGAUCAAAUGAUAGAAUAUUUUCAACAGAUAGAUGCGAACACAGAUUACAACAUAUCAUGGUCAGAACUCGUUGCUUAUAUCAUGAUGCACCAAAAGAACUUGACAAGUGGAAAUAUUGACAAAAAACUAAAUUUAUCCUUUUUUGCACCAGAUGAGGUUACAAUACAAAAGAAUAAGCGUUCUGCUAGAUGUUUACGUGCACGCUACAUUCAUGCCCUCGAACAAAUCAUUACUCUUACGGAAACAACUUUAACAUUUUGGAGUUUAGAGUGUAUUCCUAUCAGAACGUUUACAGAUAAAGACAAGUUUGUAGACUUUUGUUGCUUAGACUCUAUUUUCAAGCUUGCAAUUGCAAAACAAAACAGACAAAUUAUUUUUUACGAUUUAAGGAACCAUUCGAAGUUAAACUACUUCAUUUCAGCUACAUUAGAUUCUAAUGCUGUCCAGCACUAUAAUUCUGAUGAAACAAGAGCAGCAAUUGCUAAUUGCCGAAGAAGAAGAAUUCCUUUGUUUAACACUCCAACAGCAAUGGAAUCUCUACCGGAAUACCCAAUCUUAUUCAUUGGUGACCAAGAAGGACGCGUAGAAGUCUUCCAUGUUCAUGGUUCAAGAGCUGGAAAAUCUGAAUGGACUUCAACGCGUAUCAAACACGCAAAAAUACAUAAUCAAGCUGUUUCUCAGAUCUUGUAUAUCCCUCAGCUUGAUGUUUUUGCCUCAAGUUCCAUUGACGGAACUCUUGCAAUUUGGCAUUUCUCUUUAAAGACAAAUGACUUGAACAUUGAGCAAGUCUUUAAAGAGCCAAAUCAUCUUCCAAUCAUAAGUUUCUGUUAUGAGCACAGAACUCGCGAUUAUAUCUACAAUACUCCAUCUCAUUGCUUCGGAAUCUGGAGAACAGGCACUUUACAUUCACAGACUGUUGAAACAAGUACUCAAGUUGUCUCAACAAUGACGAUUGCUACUCUUUCUCCUGAAUCUUCUUUUUUAGUCACAAUUACUAAGAACAAUUUCUUUUCCAUUUACAGGAUUCCAAACAUGGAACCCUGUGGAAACUGGUUCAUGGGCCUCCAGCACGAAUUAUGUCCUCCUACCGCUGCUCUUUGUACAGGUGAUUAUUUAUAUUUGGUCGGAGCUUUUGUUUCAUCUUGGAAGGUCGAGAAUGGCAGUGGAGAAGGAUUGCGAGCUUGCACGAAUCCCAUUGUUAAUGUUCACGUUAACAGCUUGUUCAAGAAAGUUCUUACCUGCGAUAACAGAGCAACAAUUGCAAGUUGGGAUUUACUCAGCGGAUUGAAAGAGUUUUCAUACACUUUAGAAGAGAAAGAUGCGAUUGUUUCAUGUUUUGCAUUGGAUACUUCGCAAAGGAGAGCCGCUGUAGGAUAUUCCAAUGGACUUGUUCACAUUGUCACCGCCAAUUCUGGUUCAAUUUUGUUUUCAAUCGAGCCAGCACAAUUAGAAGGUAGUUGUCAUGCAUUGUUAUUCGCACAGAUCUUUGGGAACAAGAAACUUCUUUGUUCUAAUGGGAACAGAAGUGUUGUUCUCUUCUCAGACAUACAAGGAAACAGAAUGGCCUUCCACAGGAAUUUUGUUGGUCACACAGAAAACAUCAUUUCAAUGGCUGUUCUCAAAGAAAGAGUAAUUGUCACAAUUGGUUCAGAGAAAGAGAUGUUUUUGUGGAGUGUUACUCAGCAGAAUCCAUUAGUUAAAUACUCUUUACCAGGAGAUCCAACGAUUGUUGUUGAUAUUCCUACUUCUUCAGAUACUUUCUUGGCCGGAGAUACUUCUGGAUCAAUUCACAUUUUGCGCUUGGAUUAUCCAACUCCUAUUAAGUCUAUUGAUGUAUUUGGAAUGUCGAUUAGCAGUGCAAUCACAUCUCUCUAUAUCAGUAAGACUACUCCAUACAUCUUCAUCGCAAACAUGCACGGAUACAUGAAGAUAAUGAGCAUUGAACCUGACGGUUCUUACACAGACCAUAAAAUGUUCAGACCACAUCCAAUGGGCAUCAUUAACUGCUCUUUAAGCGAACAAGACAAAGUUAUGGUAACAGCUGGUUUAGACCAAGAAGUGAAAAUGUGGAAUAUCGAGCAGUUGCAGUGUAUUGGUACAAUUGGUUUCAUGAAGAAAUGGAAACUCAAUGAUCCGAAAACUUGGUCUGGAUCAUCAGUUCCUGAAGAUCCUGUUCAUUUCCAAAAACCUGAUGAAAGUGUUGAAGAAGAAGAAUUCCCCGAGGAAGAAGAGAAAAUCAAAAGGCCACCACCAAUAAACAUUGACGCUUUGCCUUUGCCUGAAUUCACUUAUGAAGGAACAAGAAAUAUGUUGGACACAAGUGAAGAACAAAACGAAGAUGGAAAGAAAUUGAUCGAAAAAGUUGUUCUUUCUAUGAAAGAACCUCCAAAAUCAGCAAGGGUUAUCAAGCCUGUUGUUCCAAAGAUGACAUUUGCAGACUUGAUUGAAAGCAGACACAUGGAGAAUACAAUCACAUUCAUGCAGACUUGCAGAGAAAUCAAACCGACUUAUGCAAAAUACGGAAUUAAGAAGGUUUGA